CCAUUGCCAAUGGCUGACUCAAGUAUUUUCUCUUUCCCACCACCGGCGAAAAAUUCUCCGUUCAUUAGCCCUCAUUUUUGUGCUCCUUCCCCGUCAAUCUUUUGAUCACCAGAAAGCACUUUUCUAUGCAUAAUAGAUGGUAAGUUUUCGAAGGAGAAAGCACAGAGUCUAGUGAUCUCUUAUUCACAGCUAAACGAUCUUCGAUUUCAAUGUUCCAAUGGAAGACGAAGCUAGAUGUUUUCUUAGCAAACAACUCAGAGCAGAAGGUCUGUGAUUUUAAGGUCAAAGGAAGUUGGUCGGAUCAUACACCCUCUGUCUUUUAUGCCGGAGAGUCUUCCUCUGUCAUUGCUCAAAUGCACAAGAAGAUGGAAGUCGAAAGCGUGGUGAAAGGAAAGAAGACGGUUAUGGUGACAGUCUUUCCAAACCGGGAUUAUGGAUUCAUAGUGGCUCUUAUGGUCAUUCUCACGGCAAUCAAAGAACAUAGCCAAGACGAUGGUGGUGCUGGUGGUGAUGAUGCUGGCGGUGGUGAUGGUGGGGCUGGUUGUGGCGGUGGUGGUGGUGGUGGUUGCGGCGGUGGCGGCGGUGGUUGAAUGAAAAAUUAAUUUUUUUUUUAACA